UGUGAUCUAUGAAUCUCCAGAAUCAAGUUUUGCCAAAAUUUUAAAAGAUCCUUCAGAGAUCUAUAAAUCAUGGCACUGUCACGUAUCCGGUGUAGCAAGGAUCUUCCAGCAGUUUUAACCCGUUUGAAUCGUCAUCCAGUAAAUGGCAUAAUUCUGCAGUUGCACCCAAUUGGGCCAGAAUUGGACAUUGAAAAAUGUAUAAAGUCAAGCGCAAAAGCAAGGAUUCAUGUAUCAGGCGUACGUCGUUAUCCAGAAGCACCAAAACUACCUUUGCCGAGCAACGUCUCAGAGAUUUUUGGUAAUGAAACAGGACGCUUCACGCCAGAGCGCUCACGUGACAUAGCUGCCCCUGUUUUGUUUUAUGCAACGGGUCAACUUGGCAGUCGAGAUGUUCGAGUAACAAGAAAUUUUAUUGAGAACUCCUCUCAUUGGGGAUCAGCUCGAGCAUCUUGUGGAGAUAAUCACGUUGACUCUUACGAUUGCUUCGGAGCUGUGAGCCUUAACAGUUCUAUGCAAAGCAAUGUCCCCUUGCCUUACUGCUCCAAUGGCAAAGCAUCUCAUUUCAAUAUGCCAGGAGGCCAAUGGGCUAAGGACAGUAAAUAUAUUGCAGAGGACAUGCAAAAAUCUCAUUACACUAGCAUCAAAGCUCGGGAAUUAAGGAAGAAAAAACAACCCAAUGGUUGUCUCAUUAACGCUGCUUUCGGUAUAUUAAUGCCAAAAAAUGUGAGUUAUGUCGAAUUCUCGACGGACACUAAAUCCACGACCACAGACUCGGCGAAUAUCGAGCCUAGGGUCGAUGAUAACAAAAAUUCUGGAAAGCCCGUUGCUCUGACCAAUGCUGAAAAACUAAAAAAAGCGGUCAAGGAUUAUGGUAGCACCGUCAUCGUCUUUCACAUCGGCAUUUCACUGAUUUCACUCGGUGCUUGUUACCUUGCGGUUUCUAGUGGAAUAGACUUUGGUUCAUUGGUAAAAAUGAUAUCAAAUGGUGGGAGCGAACGUUUGGAAAGUGCAAUGGCAAAUUCGUCAACAUUCCUUAUUGCUUAUGCAGUCCAUAAGAUUUUCGCGCCGAUUCGAAUAUCGAUAACCCUCGGAGCAACUCCGUUUCUCGUUAGAUAUUUAAGAAGUGUUGGAGUUCUUAAAAUACCGAAAAUGUGAUUUAAUCGCAUAGUUCGUUGAGAGCUUCGCGGAGAGAAAACAAAUUUUUUUUUAAUCCAAAUGUAUAGUUGUAAGGAAUAUAUAUAUAUAUAUAUGUGUUUGUAAAAUGGGAAAAAAUAUAUGGAGAAACAAUAAAUGAAAACGAGA